ACACAGUGCUCGGCUGUCAGCUGUUCAAGGAGCAUCUAAUGCGUAACUUCCGUAAAUCCGCGUUUCAUAACAUAUUCAAGUUCCGUUAAGUUUGCCGCCAUCAUAUUCUGAACAUGUUGUGUCCUAUAAAACUUCUUAUAAACGUGACCAUGUGAUCAACGAGUGGCUUUUAUUUGUAAAUAAGAAGGAAUAAGAGUUGGUUUAUAUAUUAAUUUGGAAUCGAGGUGGAUGUAUCCUACUGUAAGUGAAUUCUUAUAGUAAAAUGCCUCUACGAAACUAAUCCUUCUAAUUAAAUGUAAACUGGUGUAUGUGUGCUCACCCUUUUAUUUGUCGAUCACAUAACCAAACUGCCUCCAAAUGUGUGCUGAGUCACGCAUAUCAAUCCCGUUGUGCAUAAAUAAAGCAUAAACACCAUAAAAUUAGUCUCUAGGGUGAGUGCGACAACAUAAAUCAGCCGAAAGGAUUACAGUUAGCCUAGAAGCUUACUCGACAUAAGCAAAAUGCAGAACACAGUUCAAUCAUACGAGUUCUUACUUUUGUCUCAUUUGAUUUCCUAGUCUAGCAGGAAUAUCUGAUAUAUAGUGACCAAUUUGACUGCUCUUUUUGUUACGGUGUUGUGAAUUACAGCAAGCAGUAGGGCGCGCGUGUGUGUUCAGAUAUCAACGGAAGUGUCGUACUGUAUUUUUUUGUGCAGGGAAAGGAAGUUAACCAAGGAUGUAAGUGCAGUGAAUAAUAUAAAGCAUGUGCAGCGAGUGACAGUGCAGUCACACAGUGAUACCAGAGUGUCAGAAGGGAAGAAAGCUUUGUUCUUUCAGUCAGAGUGGUGUGUCAGUGAUGGGGUUUGUUGCUUCGUGACUAGGAGGCGGUCAAUAUGUCGGUGGUUCAGGAAGACCAGAAACAAGCUGCGUAUACAGCCAUGCCGUGUGCUUUUGAAGAAGAGUUCGUGGACUUCGAAUCAGCGGCGGCCCAGUACUCCAUUUCGUCAUGUGCGGCGGACGAAUGGGCCAUGUCGGAACUGGACGAUGAAGCUCUGUGCAUUGGAAGUAGGCCAGCCGUCAUCACCGUCAGUGGAAGCAUAUCUCCUGCAUCCACAACAGGUAGCGGAAGUCGGGAGUGCGAGGAUUCCAUAAAGAAGACCACGACGUCCUCCUCGCGAAGCCCCGCGGUUGGCGUCGUAGAAGAAGGGAUGAAGCCUUUGGGUUCGGUCAUCGGUAACAGCUGCACUGGAGGAUCUAAUGGUAGCUCCGCUGACGACGACUUGUUAUUUGGUACUUCGAGUCCUCGAAAUUAUGGCUCUAGCUUUUGCAGUAGUGGAAAGUCUAGGCCUACCAUGAUCAGUGCUAAAUACAGACUUAAAGAAGAACGUCGCAAGGUUCUCAAGAUCUCUAUUAACAAACUCAAGAAGAUUGAAGAUCCCGAGAGUUCGCUUCGCCGUUCUGUGCUUAUAAAUAACACGAUGAAGCGACUGCAAAAAGAGGCGCGGGAUGAAAAGUUGCAGAAACACACGUAUCCGGCUCGAUGUUACACCUCGUCACCGUCUUCAUCUUCGACUUUCACCAUAAAGGAUGACUCACGUGAAGACAGUAGCAGUGUUUCUUCCAUUUGUUCCACAUCAUCACUGGAUGAAAUACCUUCCAUCAUGUCUCCUAGAAUCCAUGAUCUACCAUUACCCCAUACAACAGAUGCUGACAAAGAGAAUACUUCUCCGUUCCCUUCAUCAUCAUCCUCAUUGUCCCCGGUUCCAUCACCAACCUAUGAGAAUACAAGCUCCAAAUCAGAUAUCGAGUGUAAAGCCACGGAUACAAGUCAAAGACUGGUUGCAACUGACUGCCUUUGCGAUGAUACCAUGGACGAUCUUGUGGUUAACGUUGGUGGUAGCGAAACUGACAACCCUCUUGCAAUUCCUAUCGUAACUGGCAUUGACACAAGUCGUUCCUCUGCCAUGAUUGGAAUGGAUGACACUCCUUCCAGCAAUAACCGGUGUGCCAGUGCCUUCACUUCAAGGAAACGCUCCUUUGAUGAAGUCGAGGACUGUGACGUCCAUGACGUCCUCAGCCAGUUCUAUAUGCCACCUACACCACGGAUGCUCACUUCUAUUGAUGAUACUGAUGAUGAGGAUGAAGAUGUCAACGUGGUUGAUAUUGAUAUUGUAACUCCUUCAGGAUUAGAUUUGUCAGCACCACCAGCACUUCAGCCAUCCAAUGCAGGGAAUGUAAACUCAACAAAUACUUCCUCUACAACUUCCUCAGUAUCACUGUUAUCCCUUGUUCACCCAGAAGAACCGAUGUCCAGCAGUUGCAAACGUCCUAGGUUUAGUAAUGAUGAUGCCAUUGAUGUUGAUCCUGUUGAAGAACUAGAACUUGGUAGGACAACUUCCUGUUUAGUAUCAUCAGCCAUGUCAGUGGUCCCAGUUACUUCUGAUAGGUUGACAAGGACAUCAGCUGAUGUCAUUUGUAAUGACCAGCCUAGUGCAAGAGACCUGGAUGACCAGGAAGACAUUGAAGUUGUACUGGAAGGCAGUGAAGAUGUUCAGAGGAGCAUGUUAUUGUGUAGUGCAACAGCAUCUACACCUCUAACAAGGACAUCAUCACUACCAUCAUGUUGGGCAUCAUCAGUCAAUGAUGUUGUCAGGACUAGUGAACAGACCUGUGUUUCACAUGUUGUGACACCAUUACAAACAACAGGAGUUGACAAAGAGAAUCCUCACCCCCAUCUGAGGUUUAGCAGUAACUUGUCCAUUGAUACUAAGACAGUGUUGCCCAUAUGUAACACAAAUAGUACUUACUCUGGAAUUCCAAAUGACAAUAACAACACUGCCAUGGCAACCAGUGCCACUACCAACAACGGUUCUGUGAUGUUGGAUGGGAUGGAACAGCACCAGUAUUCUUGUGGUCAUUCAUCCAUCUUUAGUGAACUUCAGUCUGUUGUGUUUCAUAGCUUAAUACCAUCUUUGGAGUCAUAGCGAUAUCUGAAUGGAAACAGGUGGCAUUACUUAAGAUACUAAACAAAAAGAAAUUUAAGAAGUGUAUAAAAGAAGAAACGCCCUCAGUUCACAGUUGCUGGUUGUUUUAGAUUAUUAAUGUAGAAUAUAUAAAAACGGACUGCUGAACAGUUUCAUAAGCACAAAUAAUUAUAUAGAUGAAAUGUUGAUUCAAAAUGAAGGCAAGAAAGGUCAUCCAUGAUAUAUCAUAGUUUGUAUUUUAUUUUAUUUACAUAAGGCAGAGUUGAAAGUUGCUUUGUAUCCAGAUUUUAUGACACUAUUUUAGAUUUGUAUAUUUUUCAUUUUGCCUUGGUUAUGAUUUGCAUUAGAACAUGAGAGACUAAAGAAAUCUGCUGCAAUGAGAGCAACAUUGUUAUGAAAUGUAUUAUAUAUGCAGAAUACUGCAAGUUACAUAAGGCCAGCUGAUUUCAGAACCUGUGGCCUGAAUGAGUAUUGAUCAGGUGGUAUAGCAGAGAUCAAGACAGUCUUAGCUGUGUAGUAAACUUUUUAAUAAAGUUUCAGAGGUCCAUAUUGUAAUUAAAUAACAAAUGCUAUAUACAUGUAAUAAGGA